GAUUCCCCGCGCGGAGCCGGAGCCUCGGCCGCAACUAGCAGUGGAGCGGAGCCGCGCGGCUCUGCGGUACGCAGAGCCGGACUGCAGCCUGAGCCCUCCCUGCCCGGCAAGUGGCACAGGGGUGCCAGCGAUCGCCGGCUUUGUUCCUGGGGCUGGGGGGCAGCAGUUUCUCACCUCCGUUCCACCCCCUACCUCCCUGCAGGAAACACCCAGAACCACCCCCGCGCGGUAGUCUACAAAAGCCGGGCGCCCCCAGCCCCAUGAGGACCCCCAGGCCGCAGCCCGGACCGAAUCUUGCUGCAGCCUUAGACCGUUAGACAGGUCAGUGCCCGGGCGGGAUGAGGGGCCGAGCUGGAGGAGGGAGGAGGAGCGCUCGCUGGUCCACCCUGUCCCCGCACAGCUUCUGGAGGCCACUCAGCGGGUCACCUCUGCCAGGGGCAUCCAAUAGCGCGGGCGUGGUUUUGCAUUUUUUCUGACAAGCAAGGUGUGGAGCCGCCCUCUGCAGCCCACCCCGGCCCAGGUGAUCUCAGAUUGCGGAGGGGGGGGCGGGCUUGGGGACAUCCGUUGCUCUAAUAAUGCGGUGCUUUUCUACUUAUGCAUGGCCGAGUCGAAACCACCGCAUCCGAAUGUCGCUUGCAUCAAGAUGUCAGGCUUCGGAUGCGAAAGGAAACCGAGAUGCGGGAGAGGGCGAGAAGAAAGGAGGCCGGGAGACACUGAGGCCCGGGGAGUGAGGGGAGGGGUACUAGGAAAACGAUUCGCAGUGCAAAUCGUAGCGCGAUGUGUGGAGUGGAGAGCGCCCUUGGGAGCCAGCAGAAGCCUCCGAGGUCACGGGGGUCAAUGGCCCAGCCCUCGCCUUCUCUUCCUACCUUUUUAACCCCCCACCCCCACUCCAGGAUGUGGCUGGGCCGCCGUGCCCUCUGCGCGCUGGUUCUGCUGCUCGCCUGCGCCUCGCUGGGGCUCCUAUACGCGAGCAUCCGGGACGCCCCGGGCCUCCGGGCACCUCUUGCGCUGUGGGCGCUCCCGCAGGGACCCCAUAGGCCCGAGCUGCCAGACUUUGCCCCUGAGCCCCGCUACGCACACAUCCGCGUCAGGAUCAAGGAGCGAGUGGUCGGGCUACUGGGUCAGAACAACUGCAGUUGUGAGUCCAGCGGGAGGGGUCUUCCCCUCCCCUUCCAGAGACAGGUCAGAGCCAUUGACCUCACUAAGGCCUUUGACCCUGAGGAGCUGAAGGCUGCCUCUGCCACAAGGGAGCAGGAGUUCCAGGCCUUCCUGUCAAGGGUCCAGUCCCCAGCUGACCAGCUGCUCAUAGCCCCUGCCAACUCCCCCCUACAGUACCCUCUGCAGGGCGUGGAGGUUCAGCCCCUCAGGAGCAUCUUGGUGCCAGGGCUGAGCCUGCAGGCUGCUUCUGGUCAGGAGGUAUACCAGGUGAACCUGACUGCCUCCCUGGGCACCUGGGAUGUGGCAGGGGAAGUGACUGGAGUGACUCUUACUGGAGAAGGGCAGCCAGAGCUGACCCUUGUCAGCCCAGGGCUGGACCAACUCAACCGGCAACUGCAACUGGUCAUUUACAGCAGCCAAAGCUACCAGGCCAACACUGCAGACACAGUCCGGUUCUCCACGGAGGGACAUGAGGCUGCCUUCACCAUUCGCAUAAGACACCCCCCAAACCCACGCCUGUACCCGCCUGGAUCUCUACCCCAGGGAGCCCAGUACAACAUCAGCGCUCUGGUCACUAUUGCCACCAAGACCUUCCUUCGUUAUGAUCGGCUACGGACGCUCAUUGCUAGUAUCCGACGCUUCUACCCAACUGUCACCGUGGUCAUCGCUGACGACAGCGACAAGCCAGAGCGUAUUAGCGGCCCCCAUGUUGAGCACUAUCUCAUGCCCUUUGGCAAGGGCUGGUUUGCAGGUCGGAACCUGGCAGUGUCCCAAGUAACCACCAAGUACGUGCUGUGGGUGGACGAUGACUUCGUCUUCACAGCGCGGACGCGGCUAGAGAGGCUUGUGGACGUGCUGGAGCGGACGCCGCUAGACCUGGUGGGGGGCGCGGUGCGCGAGAUCUCGGGCUUCGCCACCACUUACCGGCAGCUGCUGAGCGUGGAGCCUGGCGCCCCAGGCCUCGGGAACUGCCUCCGGCAGAAGCGGGGCUUCCACCACGAGCUUGUCGGCUUCCCAGGCUGCGUGGUCACCGACGGCGUAGUCAACUUCUUCCUGGCGCGUACUGACAAGGUGCGCGAGGUGGGCUUCGACCCGCGCUUCAGCCGUGUGGCACACCUGGAAUUCUUCCUGGAUGGGCUUGGUUCCCUUCGAGUUGGCUCCUGCUCUGACGUCGUUGUGGAUCAUGCAUCCAAGUUGAAGCUGCCUUGGACAUCAAGGGAUGCUGGCGCAGAGACUUACGCGCGGUACCGUUACCCGGGAUCGUUGGACGAGAGUCAGAUGGCCAAACACCGCCUCCUCUUCUUCAAACACCGGCUGCAGUGCAUGACCUCGGAGUGACGGCCACCCGGGGCUUUCCAACUGUCAGGCUGGGCCUGCCUUCUUGUUUCUGCCAGGAAUUUCCAGCAAACCCCACCACCCAGUGAGCACCCCACUGACUCUCUGAGCCCCUCCUUCCUCACCCUUCCCUUUCAGAAACUGAUCCUAAACAGGGGCUUGUCCUGGUGACACCCUUCCUUUCCUGAGUGCCCAGGGGCCUGAUGGAGCCAUAACCUCUCCCAUAGCCAGUGCCAAGUCCUCUCUCCCACCCCAUUCUCAUGGGGCAGGACAUGGGGGGGGUCACUUUCCAAGUGCCAAAGAGCCCAGGGGGACUCUAAGAACCUAAAGGAGAAACAUUCUCCUCUCAUCUUCUUGGGACUGAGGGGGUGGCAAAGUUCCCCCGGCAAUUAAUCCCAGGGCUGUGUCCCCCACCCCUAUCUCUGGAUCCAGGACUGUGCACCGGCUCCAGCCCCACCCCCACAGAGAGAACUUGUGACUCUGGAGCUGGGGUGGGGACUGGUGAACACAUGGUGAAAACCA